AUUAAUUUGAAUUUUCACGUAAAAAUAGAGUGCAAUUUAACUUAAAACAUUUUAUGUAUAUAAUAUAUUAUCUUAAUGAUGUAAAAUGUAAAAUAUAAAUAAUUUAUUAUAACUAAGAUUAAUUUUUCGCGAUUAUUGUUUUAUCUUAUGACAUUUAUGUAGAGAAAGUUAUAUCUGUUGUUUAAUAUUACCUGCAGUGCAGGGAGGAUAAUUUAUAUUUAUUUUUAAAUACAUAAAGGAGAAUUAAAGCGUUUUGCUAUUAAAAUAUUGAAAUGCCAAGCUCGUACUUAUAUGCUAUAAAUAAUGAGGGACGUGUGUUUGGAUUAUCAACAUCUGGGACUAUGUGGAGAGAAUUCAUGUACUUGGGCCUGGAGUUUAAACAAUUAUCAGCAGUACCACAUUUUAUGUGGGCUAUAGGUGGCGAUCGUCAAGUUUAUGUACACGUGCAUGGCUUAGAUGUACCUAUAAGAAUCAAAGAGGAAAUAUAUGAAAAUGAACGUUGGCUUCCUUUAGAAGGAUUUAGUGGGAGAUUAUUACCUACAGAUAGGUAUAAUUUUUCUAAUCAAGAUGGUACAGUUGACCGUAGCAGAGAUAAAGUAAGAUUACCAUCCAUGGCUUGGCAAUGGGAAGGUGAUUGGCAAAUAGAAACUACAUUAGAUGGCCAACCGUUAGAUCAUGAUGGAUGGACAUAUGCAGUUGAUUUUCCAGCUACAUUUACAACGAAAAAGCAAUGGAAAUCUUGCGUCAGGAGAAGGAAAUGGGUUAGAUAUAGGAGAUAUAGUGCUAUGAAUUCAUGGUGUGCUAUUGCACCUCUUCAUAAAGAUGCAACUAAGGAACCAUUUAUUGACAUAUCUGUGGGUGGAAAUCAAAUACCUGGAGGUAAUCCUGGAUGCCUUGUAGUCUGGGCAGUAACUGCUCAUGGGAGGGUAAUGUUUCGUGUUGGAACUAGUACAACUUGUCCUGAAGGUCAAAGGUGGAGUACUAUAAAAUUAGCAAAUGGAUAUGAAGUGUGUCAAAUCAGUGUUGGAAUUACUGGUCUUGUAUGGGCUGUAUUAAUGAUUGGCAAAGCAAUCGUGCGCACAGGUGUUACUAGAGAAAAUCCCAUGGGAGAGGAUUGGGUAGAAGUUGAUCCUCCACAAAAAGAUUUAAAAUUAAUACAAGUUAGUGUAGGUACAGAUGCCGUGUGGGCUGUAACUCAAGAUGGAAAUGUAUGGUUCAGAAAAGGCAUUAAAGGUGAAAUGAGUGGAGUAUGUGAACAAAUGGGUGCUGGCACUGGAUGGGUGGAAAUGUUAAGUAAAAUGUCACUAGUAUCUGUUGCUCCAAAUGAUCAGGUUUGGGCUAUUGGUCAUGAGGAUAGAUGUUUAUAUUAUCGUUCUGGCAUUACACAAUCGGAAUUAACGGGUAAAAAAUGGAGAUUAAUAAAUGCACCUCUUCAGCUUAGUCGAGCAAGUAGCAAUGCUAGUUUAUCAUCGAGUAAUAGACAUAGUAUGUGUGGUACUCCUCAACAACAGAGGCAUCAAAGUUGGGGAUCAUUGAAUCGACCACAUAGUACUAGCGAAGGUACUAUGUUGAUUAGAGAAUGGGAAGAACAAUCUCGUUCUGCACCAACACCAACAUCUUUAAAAUUAUGGCAACGUACGAAUGAUGGUACUUCUAAUAAAAAUCCACAGCAAACUUCUUUCCAGGAUAUAUAUCUAAAUGAUGGCAAGAAAAGAUCGGCGAAUUCAUUAGAUAUGGAUGAUUUAACCGAAGCUAGCGUUGCGAAUAUAACUAUAUCGAAUGAGUCAUUAACUAAAACUGGAGAAUCUAUAGUAGUUUCUGGAAAAGGGAUGGGGAAUGUUGUCAAGAUCAAUCCAGCUGCAUGGAGCCCUGUUCAUUCAGUUGGUUCCAUGGUAGGUGCUGAAGCUCAUCCAGAAACAGAUGGAAGUAUUUUUGAUCCUGACUUGACUAGUGAUUCCGGUGUUUACGGAGAAGAUGAGAGCUCUGGGGCAAUGUAUUGGGCUGAAUGUGAUACCUCUUGGUAUAAAGUAGAAGCUGGAGCAUGUUUUGUUGACACAUCUAAUCCCCCGAAAUGGAUUGCAGAUACAAAUGGUACAGGUCACGGCGAUAUAGCCGAGACAUGGAGAAUAUAUAUUUUAGAGGAGUUAAAAAAAAGAUUACAAAAAGUACAAUACGAUCCAUCAAUAUACGAAAAAGUAGUUGAGAAAUCAUCUUGGAUAAAGAAUGGUGAUGCAAAAUGCAAAGUUAAGGGGAGUACUUCAUAUGAAGAUUGCAUUAUUGAAUUAGAAUGGAUAAGUAGUGACAAUGGUUCUUUAGAUUCUGGAAUUGUAACUAUUUUAAAUUCGGACGGAGCGACAACAAUUAUGCAAUUUCCCGUGUCUGAGAUUAUGUGUGUAAUAUGCUGUAGUGAACCAGGUAAUCCACGGAUAGCGAUUCAUACUCCUCGUAUGCCUCGUUCUAAAGUUCUUAGAUUACAGUUUUCUAGUGACACUGAAAUGGAAGACUGGCUAGCGCACUUAACCUCAGUUUCUUGUAAAAUGAAUAAUGUUUAUGGGAAACCUGGUCCUAAUUCAAUAUGGGCUACAACUGCAUUAGGAGAUGUUUAUGUAUAUGACCCUGCUGCCUUAGAAGAAAAUCAACUUUCUAAUGAUGGUUAUAUACAAGAAUUGGAUGCUGGAAAAGGCUUACCUUUUGAAUGUGUUUUGCAAAACGGUUUUGGAUAUGGCAGUUCUCUAAAAAUUACAGCUUGUAUUCAUGAUGAUGCUGACAGGCUAUCAAUUAAUUUUGUUUGUUAUUCAACGGUAUCAAUGAAACAAAAGUCCGUAAUGGAUAGCCAUGAUGUAGCAUUACAUUUUAAUCCAAGACUAAAAGAAAACAUAAUUGUACGAAAUACAUAUCAAAAUGGACAAUGGGGAGACGAAGAGAGAAACGGAGGUAGUCCGUUAAAACCUGGUUCUGAUUUCACUUUAGAAAUUGUUUGUGAACCACGAGGAUAUAAAAUUUAUAUCGAUGAUACGGAAUUUACUUGCUAUAGCCACAGACUAUUACCACAGAGCAUUACUCAUUUACGAAUCAAGGGAUUGAUGACAUUGUGUAACAUAUUUUAUAAAUCCAUAUCUGUAAUAAUUGAUCCAACUACUAUGUUUUGGAGGCAAAUGGGUGGACAUUUAAAAAAGGUUGAAACUUGUUCUGUUGGUGUAACAUGGGGAAUAGGAUAUGGUAGUACUGCAUGGGUAUAUACUGGUGGUUGGGGUGGUUUAUUCCUGAAAGGAUUAGAUAGUAAUACGGGAAUAAACAGCAUGGUAGAUACUCACAAUUAUUAUGUUUAUGAAAAUCAGCGUUGGAAUCCGGUAACUGGAUACACAUCUCAUGGUCUUCCAACUGAUCGUUAUAUGUGGAGUGAUGCAUCUGGACGACAUAAACGUACCCGAGAACAUACUAAACUAUUAUCGAUGCACUGGCAUUGGGUGUCAGAUUGGAUAGUAGAUUUUCAUACCCCUGGAGGUGUCGAUAGAGACGGAUGGCAGUAUGCUAGAGAUUUUCCUUCUCAAUAUCACGGUAAAAAACAGUUUACUGAUUACGUUAGACGAAGACGAUGGUUUCGAAGGUGUCAAUUAACAACUAGUGGACCUUGGCAAGAAUUAGGGAACACAAAAUUACUUGAUGUUUCUUUAUAUGCACCUGGGAAACCUGGUUCUGAUGCUCCUGUUUAUAUAUGGGCCAUUGCUUCUAAUGGCGAAGCUUUGUUUAGAAGAGGUGUUUCGGAAUCUUGCCCCAUGGGAGUUUCAUGGGAACAUAUACCAAGUGAUCAAGCUUUAGUAGGUAUCUCAUGUGGUCCAUGCGGGCAAGUAUGGGCUGUUGGAAAGAAUGGUUCUUCUUACUGGAGAUUAGGUAUUACUCCUGCAAAACCAACAGGAAUACAAUGGCAGAAUGUUGAACCACCAUCAGGUGCUCAUUUGAAACAGAUUUCUGUUGGAAAAGACGUGGUGUGGGCUUUAGAUAUGGCGGGUAAAUUAUCUGUACGCCAUGGUGUGCAAGUGAACGUUUUCCCAGAAGGAACGCACUGGCAAACGCUUCCUGUGAUGCCGAAUGAUCCCAUACACAUAGAUAUGGCUGUUGCAAAUGCAAAACAAGGCUUUCGACAAGUUGCCAUUGCAAGAGAACAGGGCCAAGUUUGGGCAGUUUCAGGAGCUGGUAUACUUUGUCGUAGAAUAGGUAUUACAGAUGAAAAUCCUGCUGGGACUGGUUGGGCAACCGGGAUAGGGGCAAAUUGGCAACAUGUAAGUAUAGGAGGACUUGUAAAUAAAACAAAGUAAGCGCCUGACUUUUAGAUGGAUAAUGAUCCUUUUAGUCACAUACAAGCCAAUAUUGGAAAUAUUAUAGAGAAAUAUAAUACUUUACUAUUUGAUUUUCAUAUAUUUUUCAUGAAUAAGAAAAGUCAAUGCAUGUGCAAUGAUAUGUAUGUUUUACACGUAUCUAUAGGCUUAGCUUUUGCAAUUGAUUCAAUUUUAUAAUACAAGCUGAACUCUAUGAUGGAUGUAUUUAAUAAAUAAUAGAGAUGUUAUCUUACUUAAAACGUACAAAAAUUAAUACUGAUUGAAUGUAUAAUUAAUUACGUUGUUCUUAAAAUGAAAUAGCUUACUUGUUUUCUAUUAUUUUCAUUUAACGAGGAAAAUAGAUAUAAAUAUAUGCAAAGAAAAUAACACUAUCAAUAAGAUUAUUUAUAGAAUACGUCACUAAGCUAUUCGAAUAAAAUCUAUUCGUAUAAUUUUAUUAUAAAAUUUUAUAUUGAAACAAUCUACAAAACAUUCCAAAUAUACGCGUUUAAAUAACUAGCAAAUAAUUCAUAUUGAAUAGAAAGUGCAAGAAGCAUUAAUUUUAUUUUUCAAUAAUUACAUAAUAUCGUUAGAACUAAAUUAAAGUAUACAAGAUGUCUCGCCUAGGUAUAAAUUAUUUUUAUUAUUAUGGAGUAAUAAAAACGAAAUGGUAAUGUGAGGCUGUUAAUGAAAAUAUUUAAUGAAUCGAGAUUAUAAUAAAACAAAUAACGCUUUGUAUUUUUUUAUUUUGUAAUCUUUUAUUUAUCAUAUGCUUUUUCUACUUAUAAAAACGGCAUAUUUAAAAAGAUCGCUAAAAAUUCGUGUAUAUAAAUGUUUAAAUAGGUGGGUCAUAAAGUAAAGCAUUGGUUUGUAUUUAAAAAAUGUUUCAUUCCUUUUUAGAAAACAAUACAUUAAAUGUUCCUGUAUAAAUAAAGUUCAUGUAGUGCCUCUAAUACUAUAAUUUUACAUUUGAGUAUUUAUGUAAAGACUUAAUUUAAAGUAUUGGAAAAUGUUUUGAAAUUACUACAGGUAAAUAUUAUAAAUUUUUAUAGACUCUCUCUUGUAUGAAUUUGUAAUAUUGGAAUAAUUGUAAUAUACCAUUAGUAGUAAGUUAAUUAUAAAUCUGUUUUUAUUAUAAAUGUUGAAGCUUAUUCUGUUCGAAUUAUAAUAUUAAGCUCUGCCAUGUUAACCAUUGAACUUGUAUUAUGCCAUUGUCUAUACUGAUAUAUACAGCUUAUUGAUGAACAUGUAUUAUAAUUUCAGAUAUUUAAUUAAAUUGUAUUAUUAAUAAAUUUGAUUUUCCUUAAAA